AUGAAGCUCUUCGUUGUCCUCGGGCUACUCAGCAGCGCCUUUGCUGCCCCGGCUCCAUCGGGCAGCCAUGGAAAUCCAGCCUUUGACAUGCCUUUGACAUGGACACCGUUUGGCUUCACCACCGACAGCAUCACCGUCGGCACGCCUCCCCAGCGGGUGGACUCGUUUGUCGACUGGACCUGGAUUGGACAGUAUGUGUUCACGCCACGCUGUCACGGCAGUCUGUCCAAGACAUCCGACUGCCUGCAGCCAUCACAGACACUGUUCAACCAGACCCAAUCUCGCACCUAUGUCAAUCAAUCGCGCCUUUUCCGCGACCGAGUCUGGAAUCCAAACCAUUUCUUCUUCUAUGACGAUCUCUCUAUCGGUUUCGGCUCAGACAUCGAACGCGUUGGCAACCACAGCGCGCGCAUCACCCUACAGAUGGCGGACAUGCACUUCUCCCUCGACUUCGCGUAUCCAUUUGCCGGUGUCUACGGCCUAUCGCCUGUUUUCGCGGAUAAGGAUAACGCCUCAACGCAGUCACCUUUUUACCAGAUGUGGCAACGCGGCGCCUAUCGCUCGUCCAUCGUCUCCUUCCAGUUCUGCUAUAACAGCACCUUCGGCAACCCUACGCCCGAUCGCGCGCGCUGUCACGGGCACGACGCUCUGCAGACACUCGGUGGUCUGUCCCCCGCCCUGACGAAGCUGGGAACCAAGGAAGCGAGCAAGUCGAUCCUGUGGUACGAUAAUAUCGACUACCCUAUCGUCAACGACAUCGACUUCGAGUAUGAUCCUCCGAUAUACAACUACUGGGCUGCGCGACUCACCAAACACCUCAUCGGGGACGAGGAACAAGCUUUGAAUACUACUUACGGUGGCAACCCCGGUGCGAUCUUCGACCACGCCAGUUACGGCCACGGCGUGCCCAUGUCUGGGAACAGCUAUCGACGGCUAAUCCAGCUGACGGAUGGAAAGCCCCUCUCGCUGGACAAGGACGAUCGUCCAAACAACGGCAAUCAGUCCUUCGUGUCGGUCGACUGUGACCGGGUGUCCUCGUUCCCUGCGUUGAAGUAUCAGUUUGAGGGCCACGAUCGUCUGUGGGAGGUGAUUCCGCAGAAUUACGUCGAGAGGCUCUCCUUGGGUAAUGCCACGGAGACGUGUGUGCUGAAUGUGCGCACACUCGGGGAGGGAGACUUUGUCAUCGGGAACUUUGGGGAUACAUUCGCGAAGGAUAAGAUUGUCUUGUUUGAUUUUGAGAAAAUGAAGGUUGGGUUGGCAGAUAUGCCUUCGUGA